GAUACCGACUUUCUUUCUUCUCAUCCCCUCAGUAUACCUACUUUCGUUAUUCUUAAUUGAGCUAGGCAGGACUUUAGGAAAAAUCACUUUAUUUGUUUCCUUGUUUGAACUAAACUAAUUACAUAUUUAUGGACUAAUGUCUCAAGACCUGAAUUUAUCUGUAAAUGGUCAGUCUCAGGUCCCUCCAGGUUUUCGAUUCCACCCAACAGAAGAGGAGCUUCUUCACUACUAUUUGAGGAAGAAAGUGGCCUCUGAGAAGAUAGAUCUUGACGUUAUUCCUGACGUUGAUCUUAAUAAGCUUGAACCAUGGGAUAUCCAAGAGAGGUGCAAAAUAGGAUCCACCCCACAAAAUGAUUGGUACUUCUUCAGUCACAAAGACAAGAAAUACCCAACAGGGACUAGGACCAACCGUGCCACUGCAGCUGGGUUCUGGAAGGCCACAGGUCGCGAUAAGGCCAUCUACAGCAGUUUCAGAAGGAUCGGACUGAGGAAGACUCUCGUCUUCUACAAAGGACGAGCCCCACAUGGACAAAAAUCGGACUGGAUCAUGCAUGAAUAUAGACUGGAAGACAACACUAGUAUCCACUGUGCCAAUUCCUCUGACUUGGUAGGAGAGUCUGCAUCAGAAGAUGGGUGGGUGGUUUGCCGCGUUUUCAUGAAGAAAAAUUUCCAUAAGGUUCUACAUAGUCAUGACCAAAGCUCAUCUACCUCCAUGGGUGUGACACAGAUUAGCAAUUCGGGUACUGAUCAUGUACUAGAUCAGAUACUUGUGUGCAUGGGAAGGUCUUGCAUGGAGGAAAAUGAGAUGAUAAACAGUGACAAUAGUAUGCAAUUUCUGACCCCAAUUAUCACCACUGCAGCCAUCGGCUACGAGUUUCCGAUGGGUGGAUUUGCCCGUCUUCCAAGGUUAGAGAGCACUCCAACAAUGCCAUCAAUUGAUGAGAUGGUCACAGAAACUGAACCAUCUUGCACUGAUCAUCGUCGAGGCAUGAGUACUGCUUGCAAGAAAAACAUAAUUGAUCAUGUCCAAAAUGAUGUGCUUACUGACUGGGCUGAGCUUGACAGGCUUGUGGCUUCACAGCUCAAUGGUCCUGUAGAGGGAUCCGAGAAAUUGUCCAGCUAUGGUGUGCCCAAUGAUGACUUCUGCAUCUCCAUUGAUGAUGAUCUACAUGUACCUCAUUUACGUUCUAAUAGACCAAACCAAGCUUCUCAAGCCUAUAGCAGCAGCGAGAUUGAUUUGUGGAGUUUCACACAAUCAAUGUCUUCAUCGUCGUCUGACGCACUAGGCCACUUCUCCGUAUAA